UCUUCAAGUAACAUAUCACUUCAUAUCAUUAAUUUUAGCGGUCAAAAAGGCUCACCUUGCUGGAUGGCGACGAUUUUUAUUCCCAUUUCACUCUAAACUUGAACUUGUUUCACCACGAACUUGACCUAGGGCAAGGCGGAAAGGAUGCCUUACGACCCGGAUCUCUACCCGGAUGAAGACCCUAUCGACAACUUCAAUUAUGAUCCUAAGGACGAUUAUGAUGAGCUGGGCGAUGACUAUGAUCCGGAUCUAGAUCCGAACCAUCAAGGGGAUUAUGACGAGGAUGUGGAUGAGUUCUACGACGCAGAAGGCGUGGAGGAUGAACCACCACUACAAGCGCCCGCCGAUGUUCCCCAGCACCCGAGGCGAGCGACGCUCUCGCCUUUGAAGCCUUCAAGAUCUGAGCGGCAUGCAACGCCAACAUCGGCAUCUGUCCGCGAUGGAACACCAAGGUCGGUCCGGGUCGCCGUUGUGCUCCCGGCAACUGUAAAGAAGGAAGCCUACAUCAGCGUCCCAGAUGUUGCAUCAGACGAGGAGGAGGAAGAUACACUGGUUGGCAAUAUUGUGACAUCGGACCUUAUGCCUCCCACUCCGAAGAGGCGGAAAAUCACAGAGCGGUCAUCAACGAAACCUUCCCCCGCUGCUGCUGCAGCCAACUAUGUGCCGCCGAAGGUGCAACCACCACCGUUUCCAGUACCAGAUAUCCCAGCACCAGCACCCCUGGUCAAUCCACCAAAGAAACGAGGACGGCCGGUUGGAUGGAGGCCUGGCUUGUCCUAUGCCGCCAUGCGAGGAAAUCCCGUGCCUCCCCCUAGACCCAAAGUUCCGAAACCACCCAAAGCGCCAGGCGAGGUCAAGCGCAGAGGUCGUCCACCCAAGAAGCCCCAUGAGUUGCCCAGAGAAAUCUUCUCCAAGCUGACACCGAGGUACAUCCGCUUCCUGUGUGAAUGGGAGGGAUGCCCGGCUGAGCUGCACAACUUUGAAACUCUACGGAAACACGUUUUGAUCGUACACGGAGAUUACAAACAACCUCGUCAACAUCAUCCAGGUUUAGCAAAAGAGCAACAAGAGCCCAAGACUUGCAAAUGGGCUUCCUGCCAGAGCAAGCGUCUCCAAUCCAAGCUUCCACCACUCGCCCUACCAACCAAAACCCACUUCGAAGCCCACGUCGACGAAUGUCACCUGAUACCCUUCCUCUGGCACGUCGGCGACGGCCCCCGCAACACCAGCAUAGAGUCUCCCCUCUCCGAGAAGCCCCUAACCAUAACAUCAGCCCUCCCACCACCACCAUCAUCGUCAUCCAUCACCUCUCACCACGCCGACACCACCACCACCAAGACACCCGUCAUCGUCAAACUCCAACCCCUACCGCCCUACCUCUUCGACGCCUCCGGCAACCAAGUAACCCCCUCCGUCCGGGACCAGCUCUACGAAAACGACGACGACAAACGCCGUCGACGCGCGCGCCUGGAGCGGGUACAUUUUCUCAGGGACGAAAACGCCGCGCCGGAGCCGGUUUACACGCAGGCCGAGCGGGACGCGAUGGAGGCGAGCUUGGCGGCCAAGAAGAAGAAGCAGGACGAGUUUUGGGAGUAUUACGAUAAGGUGAUGGGACCCGUGGUGGAGGUGACGGUGCCUGCGGACCCGGAUGCGGACCCGGAGAAUCCUUCUGGAAACCCCGGCAAGGAGGUUAAGAGGAAGAUGUUGAGUUGUGGGUGGGAUCCGACAUGGAGGGGGUUGUAUCAGGAUUGAGCUUUGAGCGGGAGGACGAAAGGGAUGAGGGAUGAGGGAUGGAGGAGGGGGGGUGGACGUGGUUCUGGUUGCGUUUGUGUUGUUGGGGUGGAAAGUGGUGGAAAAGGCACAGAGGCGUAUUGGUUGUAUACUUAUACCUACUCACCUUCUUUAUAUAACAAGCGAUAUUCAAGUAAAA